AUAUUGCUUUUGAUUUGGUUGUUUUAAAUUUAGUAGACUUGAAUGCCUUAGCAUAUUCAAUUGACUCAAUAGGUGCAGAAGUAAAAUCCGUAGAAUCUACAGAAGCAAUAGAUUCAGUAUAUUCAACUGAUAUAAAAGAGGUAGUAAUGGAUUUAGUAAAUGUGGGUUCAGUGGAUUUAGUAAAUAUGGGUUCAGUGGAUUCAGUAAAUAUAGGUUUGGUAGAUUCAAUGGAUUCAGUAAACAUGGGUUCAGUAAAUUCAGUAAAUGAAGUAGAAAUGUUAGCACAUUCUAAAUUCAAUAAUGACGGACAU